AUGUUUGUACCUAAUAGUUUAUGGAUGGAAAAUACAAAAAAAAGAAACUCGUUACCUGUCUUGCAAAAAAUUACCUAUGAAUCGUUCUUACAGUUUCACGAAAAAUACAAUUUCAAAUCAAGAUCAGAUAACGAGCCACAUAUAUUUUCUGUAGCAGACAAAGCGUAUCAAGAUGUACUCCAUAAUGAAGAACCACAGCAUAUUAUUAUCGCUGGAGAGAGCUAUUCUGGCAAAACGUUUAAUGUAAUCAAUCUCGUCAAUCAUUUUAUGUACCUUGGAAAGGUGAUUUCCAGAUUAAUCUGCUAUUUUCAAGAUGAAAUGCCUUGCAAACAUUAA